AUGAGCACCUCCACCGAGCCCACGGCGACCAGCACCGCCCCCAUCACCGCCCCGGGCGCAACCACCUCCCCCACCUCUCCCAUCUCUCCCUCUACCACCCCCUCCAACCCCAUCCCGACUGCCACAUCUACCCAAUCCGACAAGCUCAUCGCUGUCGCAUGCUAUGCCCUUGAUCCCUCCUCCAAAUCCUACCGUAUCCGACCCGCGGUCGCCUCGUCCCUCUCCCCUCUGGCCAUUCUCGUCGCCACGCCAUCUACCGCCUCCUCUUCCACCCAGCCCGGCGUAGUCGCCUGCUUCAACGCGGCCACGGACCUCGUACAUCAUCUGGACGAGCAGCUCGCUCGGCCUCCCAACAUGGGCGAGACGCUCUCGGGAUUGUUUAGGCCAGCUAGUGCCGAGCUGGGCGGGAGGUUGAAGAAGCUGGGGGAGAAGGUCAAGUCCGGCAAGGAGAAGGUGCCGGUGGGUAAGGGCGGAGAGGAGUGGAGUGGCGACAGAAGGGUGGAGGCGAUUGAGUGGAAGGAGUUUGAAAAGAUCUUUGGGACAGAGUAG